CUAAUAGCACCCUUUUUAAUGGACCGCACCUCUAAGGUGCGUUCCCUAUUUCUGGACCAAAAUCGCAUUUUGGCCGAGAUGCGGUUUUGGCCUGACCUAUUAAAACCGCAUCAUGAAGGUGCGGUUUGUUUCUCCCAAACAAAACCGCACCAUCAUGGUGCGAUUUUGCCAUACAAACCGCACCUUGGAGGUGCGGUUUUGGUCAAUCAAUUUCCGACAUACCAUGCAGACGUAACAGACCUGGGUCUGCAUGGACGUGCAUGGUCAGACGAACGUUAACUCGGUUUUCAUCAGUCAUUUUGCCUAUAAAAGGCCUCCCGGACAACCACUUCUCUUCACACCUCUCCUUCUCCCUUUUCAAUUUUCUGUUGUAGCUCUAUAUUUCUUUAGUAGUUUUGCGAUUAACGUUAACUCGUAAGUUUAUUUAGUAUUACUUUUUAUUGUUAUUUUUUAUUUUUGAUUUUUAUGAUAUUAACUGAACUACGGUUUUAUCGCAGAUGGCAUUCCAAAAGUUCACGCUUGGCUUACGGUGGAAUGGUUACACGGAAGAGACCGGAAAGGGGGUCACUUACGUAGGUGGCAAUUUUCAGAAGAUAAAGGUCGCUACCAGACCGCUGCUUGAAGACCUCUGUCAAAUGUGCACUAACGUUACUUGCAUGGAUGGCACGAGAAGAGUUGAUCGUAUGGUGUAUCGAUAUCCAAACAGAGAAAGUGGGUCAUUGUGGCAUGAGGAAUAUCUCAUAACCACUCAGGAUGAAGUAGAUGACAUGCUCGAAUUCAUGAGGUCCAACAAUCUUUCCAAAGCCGAGAUUUUCGUUUACACCGAGUCGGUCGUAGGCGUUGGAGGUCAUUCUGGACACGGUCAAACAUCUGGUAUCCAUGGUGGAGGUGAAUUAUAUGGCGAUCAUCCCUACCAAAGUUACCAUGAUCCUCAUUCAUAUUUUCAGUACCAAGAGCAAGGUGAAGGUCAUCAUCAAUCUUUCCCUUCAUAUGAAGAAGAAGUUCAACCGGACCUCCCCAACCAACCUCAGCACAACUUCCACUCAGGCAGCGGUAGUUUUCACAACUACCAUUAUGGAGCUGAUGAAGGUGCCUUUCAUGAGCUGGAUCAGAUGGAGGAUUCCCUGCCAGCACCAGUCAGUGACCCCUCCGAUGAAGAAGGAGAGAACAACGUUAGUGCAGACAGCUUCGACCCUCUUGAAGGUGCUGAUGAUUCAGGACCAGAGUCAGACUCAGCUAAUGAUGAUGAGGUGGUUCGUGACCGUGUACCAGUCCCCUACUACAAUCACAUUCCAGACGAAAAUUGGAUGGUCGACAGCGACAUGGAGCCGCCAGAGGUCCCAAUAUGGGGUCCACUCACUGGGUUUAUGAAGGGCCAACAAUUUGGCUCGAAGAAGGAGGUGCGGCACGCCAUUGAGACAGAAGCAAUGACUCGGCAUUUUGAAUGGCACACAACUCAUUCCAACACUAAAAGGCUCAUAGUCUCAUCACUAGGGGUGCAAUGUUAGGAUUCGGGCCAUCAACAGCAACAGACACGGCCACUGGGUCAUAUCCCGUGCGGUGAACACACACACAUGUGUGUCAUCCAUAACUUCCCAAGGCCAUGACAGUUGAUAUGCCUAAUCGGGUCCAACCGUGCCCUUUUGAGAAAGGGCAAGAUAGCUGGGUGGAAUGGGAGCACAUUGGUCGUACCCCUGUAGCGGAUUAUUGUUUGUACCUCCUAGGGAAAAUUUACACGUUAAUUAUUAUAUAUUAGUAAGGGUUUAUUCCUUAUAACUAAAUUAAUAAUAAUUUAAAGAGAUACAUACAUAUUAUCAUAAAACAAACAUCCUAAAUUAAUUAACAUAAUAACAUUCU